CUGCUGCGUAUUCUCACAGUAGACCAGGGGAACUUCCUCAGAGAACUGACAGAGACGCAGGGGUCCCACAGGUUCCAGCGCUUAAAGCCGUGGACGGAGGAGACUGACGAGCAUGGCGGCGUGGGACCUGUCAGUCACAGUGGAGGACCUGGGCUCUGAUGCCCCUCCUGUCACCAUCAGCGUUGCCUCUGACCUCCACGUGGGAGGGGUUAUCGUCAAGCUGGUGGAGAAGACACAGAUCAAGCGCGACUGGUCGGACCACGCUCUGUGGUGGGAGCAGAAGCAGCAGUGGCUCCUGCGGACAGCCUGGACUCUGGAGAAAUACGGGAUUCACGCCGAUGCCCGGCUGGUGUUCAUGCCCCAACACAAGCCCAUUAAACUGGGCCUGCCCAACGGUAAAACCCUCCAGCUGAAGGCCUGCUUCUCCAACCCCGUCUUCCAGACCGUGAUGGGAAUCUGCAGGAUGCUCAACAUCCGCCAUCCUGAGGAGCUCUCCCUCCUCCGCCCUGUGGAGGAGAAGAAGAAGAAGAAGGAUAAAGACUUGGCAGAGGAGAUCUACGACCUGACCGAGGUGCCCCUUUCCUCGGUUUCCCGGCCCUGUCUGUACAACGGCAUGCCGGCCCAUUUUGCUGACUCGGAGCAGAUGGAGGACGUCUACAAGAUGCUGUCGAUCACUCAGCCUCCUCCGGCUCCCGAGGUCAUCGCCAAGCAGUACCGCCCGGCCAGUGUGGUGGACAAAGCCCACAUCAACGGCAGGUGGCUGGACUCAUCACGUUGUCUUAAGAAACAAGGCAUCCAAGAAAAUGACCGGCUCUGGCUUCGCUUCAAGUAUUACGCUUUCUACGAUAUGGACCCUAAGUACGACGUUGUGCGUCUCACCCAGCUUUAUGAGCAGGCUCGCUGGGCCAUCCUGCUGGAGGACGUCGACUGCACCGAGGAGGAGAUGAUGCUUUUUGGAGCUCUGCAGUACCACAUCAAUAAGGUGUCCCUGACGGAGCCCCAGACGCUGAGCUCCAGCGCGGCCCUGGAUGACCUGGAGUCGGCGCUUAUGUCCCUGGAGGUCAAGAUGGAGGGAGAGAGCAGCUCCGCCUCAGAGAUGCUGGAAAAUAUGACCGCACCAGAGCUCAACGACUACUUGAAGAUAUUCAGGCCUAAGAGGCUUACUCUGAAGGGAUACAAGCAGUACUGGUUCAAAUUCCAGGACACUUCCAUCUCUUACUUCAAGAGCAAAGAGGAGAGCAUCGGAGAACCCAUUCAACAGAUUAACCUUAAAGGCUGCGAGGUGGCCCCCGACGUUAACGUCACGGCGCAGAAGUUCCUUAUCAGACUGCUGAUCCCCGCGCCUGAAGGCAUGAACGAGGUCUACCUGCGCUGUGAAAACGAGCAGCAGUACGCCCAGUGGAUGGCCGGAUGUCGGCUGGCUUCCAAAGGCAAGAGCCUGGCAGACAGCAGCUUCCAGAGCGAGAUCCAGAGCAUCCGCUCCUUCCUGGCCAUGCAAAAGACCAACUCUGGCUCCAGUAAUAACGCAGCCGCCAGCGACGAAAGCAUCAAUACUCACAGUUUGGUGUCACCACGCUACCACAAGAAGUACAAGCCCAAACAGCUGACCCCUCGUAUCCUGGACGCCUACCAGAAUGUAGCUCAGCUCUCUCUGACGGACGCACUGAUGCGCUUCCUGCAGAUCUGGCAGGCCCUGCCUGAUUUUGGACUCUCGUAUGUGGUUGUCAGGUUUAAGGGUAGCAGAAAGGACGAGGUGCUGGGCAUCGCCCCCAACCGCCUGAUCCGCAUCGACCUGGGAGUCGGUGAUGUGGUGAAGACCUGGCGCUACAACAACAUGAAGCAGUGGAAUGUGAACUGGGACAUAAAACAGAUGGCCAUCGAGUUUGAAGGGAACGUGAACAUCGCCUUCGGCUGCGUGACCGCUGACUGUAAAAUCGUUCACGAGUUCAUUGGAGGCUACAUUUUCAUGUCGACGCGCAGCCGCGAGAAGAGCGACACGCUCAACGAGGAGCUCUUCCAUAAGCUGACUGGAGGCCAUGAAGCUCUAUAAUCCCCAAAUACACAAAGACUGAAUGUUUUUUUUUUCUAAAGAAGAUCCAUCACAGCCUUUUUUUCCCCCCUCACCCUCCUGAGAGUCCUACAAAGUGAAAGUCAAAGGGACGGAUUUUACGCUCCAAGCAGGCAGAUUUUAAUGUACCGUUUGCUCCAAAUGUACACAUUGUUUAAAACAGAGUUUAGGACCCCAAAGGUCCACAUAGUUGACUCUUUUUGUGAUGGACCGCUGCUGGUGCAGAUUAUAUUGGGUCCAAAACCAGAACUCAUAAAAGUACAAAAUCCACAACUGACUCAAACAGACACUUUUCCUUUGUUGCCUGACUCCAACAAAAAUGUAAUCUUGAUUGCUCUAGAAGGACUUAAAUAAACAUGAUAGUUAAAUGCAGCUAAACAGUCAUCCUGAACAAUAUUGCAAUCUUCAUUCAGAUGAGCCUUGCUUGUCAUAUUAAAAGUACCUAAAGCAACCUUUAUGCAGGUAUUACUUUUCAGUAAGCCCACAUUUCUGUAUUAACAAAGUUUUUAUUAGUCUGAUGUGAUAUUCUAAUCUUAAAUGUUGUGUUUUCAUUAGCUAAGGGCAGAAAAUCAUCGUAAUUAACAAAAAUAAAGGUUUGAAAAGAUUGUGUGUGCAAAAUGAUUUUAUAAAAAGGGGGUUCACUCAAAUAAUGGACUUACUGAAAUAA